GAAACGAACCAGUACGCACUUCAAUGCUGUUACAUUAUUAUUGAAACUUGUGUACGCGCAUUAAAAUUAUUUAAAGGAAAUGGGAUCAUGCCAGUCGUGCUUGGGGGACAGUGACUCAACGUCGGAUUUAACGGAUAGCUCCCGGUCACCUACGCCUAGACGAGCACAGCGUAAACGAACUAGCACUACACGUGGAAGGCAAAAUCCUUCUUCAAAUAAUGGGGGAGUUGCACAGGGUGUUCCAUUUGGGCGUCCACAAAAUGAAGAGCACAUUGCAUACGAAAGACUAAAUCGACCUGUGAGGCAACAGGUGGUAACACCGAUACGCAACAACGUUCAACCUGGUAGGAACUGCUAUGUUCCAACUACGUCGAGAAGUGGUACCAGUUCAAGGAUACCGACCGUACCCAUAAUACAGCAGCAAAGGUAUCAUCAGGAUCAACAAAUAACAAAUAAUAACAGACCAAUAUUCACCAUAGGAAGUGCCACCAAUUCAUAUGUGCCAGCAAAACCUGCCUCUAAAGCCAAAGCCACAACUAGUAAAUCGAAGAAAAUAGAAGCAGAGUCGGACCAAUCUUCAUCUGAAGAUGGGCAUGAAACUACCGAGCAUAUUGUUACGUGGGAUGAAGCUGAGGUGUUAUCACAAGUUGAGAGGGUGCCGCUAUACUUGGCUAAAAGUUUUGUUUCGCUCCUAGGGCUGGGGUGUACUUUACCCUUUAUUUGCCGAUAUAGGAAAGCGGAAGUGGACUAUUUAAUGCCUGACCGGCUUCAAGAAUUGUUUGAGAGCUACCAAAACAUUACCACUUUGAAGAAGAAAACAAAAACUGUUAUGGAGACAUUGAGGAAAUCUAAGAAAUUAACACCAGAUGUUGAAAGAAGUCUUUUGAAUGCUCGGAAUUUAUCAGAAAUUGAUUUAGGUAAGAUAAGAUCUUGUAUUUUACUACCUUUAAGCAGGUUCUAAGACUCAGGCAAAAAAAAACUAAAGCUGCUCAAUGGAGAGUACGUUGAUUUACGGACAUUGUGUACUCAUAAUGAGGAGCUGUCGACAGUGGACAAAGUGGAGACGCAUGUGACGCACAUCAUUGCUGAUGUUAUUUAUAAGGAUACAAGAGUUAUUGAACAGAUGAGGAAAAUGAAGGAAGAAACAAAAUUCACAAUCCAAACAAACCGCACCAAAAGUUCAACAAAACCAAAGGAAAAUGAUAAUAUGAAAGUUGAUACCAAAUCUGACCCGGAUACUUACAAAGUGUAUUUUGAGUGGAAGUGCCCUUUGCAGUUUGUUAAGCCACAUCAGACGUUGGCAGUUAAUAGGGGAGAAGAGGAGAAGAUACUUAGCGUUAAAAUAGUGGUUCCUGAUUGGUUUCAUCAGAAGCUGGAGAGAUUCUGUAUGACAUUAUGGAAGAGCAACCACUGGGUCCACAAAGGUUUAGAAGACGCAUACAACCGGCUCAUCAAGCCAUGGCUGUCAAGGAAAGUUAGAAAUGAUCUCACUACAGAAGCACAUAAAGAGGCUGUGAAGACCUUUACAACUAAUCUGGAGAAGUAUCUGUUGACUGAGCCGGUGAAGAACAGGAGGAUAGCGGGGUUGGAUCCUGGGUUUAAAGCUGGCUGUAAGAUAGGCAUCAUAGAUUCAGAUGGUGAAAAGUUAGAAGCGUGCACUAUUCAUCCAAAUCUAAGACAGAAUAUGCAGUUCGAUCCAGCCGCUGCACAAUUAAGAAAUCUGUUAACGAAACAUAACGUGGAAUUGAUUGGCUUAGGCAACGGCACUGCAUGCCGCGAAACGGAAUCAUGGCUGAAAUAUCACCGGAUAUCGGACUCCAUUCCUGUCAUUAUCGUGCCGGAGCAAGGAGCAUCGAUUUAUUCUAUUAGCAAGGAGGCACAAAAGGAACACCCAAACAUGGAUCCUAACCUCAUAUCGGCAUUAUCGAUUGCUAGAAGAGUUCUGGAUCCUCUAGGAGAGCUGAUCAAAGUUGACCCAAAAAACCUCGGCGUCGGGCUGUACCAGCACGACAUACCGCAAAAGAUGUUAGAUACAGCACUGGAUUGCGCUGUGGAAAAAAUCGUCAGUUUGGUUGGCGUGGACAUCAAUACCGCUUCGUUAGCUUUACUAAGGAGAAUAUCUGGACUGAACGAGGGCCGAGCUAAAAAACUGAUCGCCUACCGCAAAGAUAACGGAGGGUUCACGGCGAGGGCCGAAAUACUCAAAGUGACGGGCAUUGGGAAAAUCACAUUCCAACAAUGCGCUGGUUUUCUGAAGGUCAUCGGUGGGAGCGAGCCUCUUGAUUCUACCAUUAUACAUCCGGAGAGCUACGGUGUAGCGAAAUCAUUCGCAAAGAAAUUCAGCCUUGACAUAAAACAACUUGCCCAAUCACACUUCGCCGUCAUAGUCGAAAGGAAGACCUCGAACCUCGACAUGAACUCCCUAAGCAAAGAGCUAAAGACUGACGCGGCUACAUUAGAGCUGAUAGUGAAUGCGUUUAAACAGAAACCACACGAGGAUAAUAUUAUAGUUUUCUGUAAGCCUGUGUACUCUAUGGCUAUUCAGGCUACUGAUGAGUUGAAGGAAGGUCAAACACUGACAGGAGUCGUCCGCAACGUGGUUCCCUUCGGCUGUUUCGUGGACUGCGGUUUCAAAGACAACGGUCUCAUCCACCGGAGCAACCUCGGCGGUAACCAAACACCAAAGCUAGGUGACCGAGUGAAAGUCACCGUCAUCGCUUCGCCGAAACCGAAGAAAAUACAACUGAGACUGGAGAAGAUUCUCGACUGAUAACCUGAGAUUAUCGGGUCAGCCACCUUAAUCGCUUCGCUGAAACCGAAGAAAAUAUAACUGAGCCUUGAGAAGAUUUUCGUCUCUCGACUGAUACCCUGAGGUACAUUUUUGUAAUUGUUUUGUCCCAUUCCUGAUUGUGAUAUAGUUUAAGAAUAAUUGUU